AUGAAUACAAUGGUAAGUGCUAGCAGGGCAGAUAUUGAGGGCAAACGAGUGUUUCUACGCGUGGACUUUAAUGUCCCGGUGUCCGGAUCGAAGGUUCUUGAUGAUUUCAAAAUAACAUCUGUGAUGUCCACGAUUAGGUAUAUUCACUCAGCAGAUCCAAAGCGCAUUGUGAUUGGAAGCCAUUUUGGUCGACCGAAUGGAAAGCAUGUUGAGGAGCUUUCGCUAAAGCCUGUUUACGACGUGCUGAAGAAGAUUGUACUUGAUGAGUUUGGUGCAGAAUUGUUUUUUUGUGAGAUGUCUGAUUUGAGUGGAGUUGGUCACACGUGGGUUUUGCUAGAAAACCUCAGGUUCUAUGAAGCAGAAGAAAGCAGUGGUGACGAAGCUGCAUGUGCUGAGUACCGGAGAUUGUUUACAAAUAGCAUGGAUGUUGCAAUUAUAGACUCAUUUGGAUGUCUCCAUAGAGAGUGUGGAUCUAUUCAAAGGACUGGAUUGCGUUCAUUUCCUGGUGUCUUUAUGCAAAAAGAGCUAGAGUUUGCCGAGAGUUUGCUGCAAAGAGACGUCGACGUGAUGAUUCUUGGCGGGAAGAAAGUCUCUGACAAAUCAAAGCUGCUGAUGUCACUGGGAAGAAGAGCAAAGUGUUUAAUUAUUCUUGGUGGAUUGUCUUAUCCGUUCUUGAAGUACAGAUUGCACAAAGAGGUUGGAAAUAGCAUUGUCGAUGAUGUCUCUGAAAGUACGAUUCAGAUGAUAUGUGAUGUGCUCGAUAGUAAUCAAACAGAAGUCAUCCUUCCGAUUGACUUUGUGGUUGUUGAUAAAGGCAAAGCCCAGAUAAUGAACGAAAUACCAUCGAGUGGAUGUGGGCUAGACAUAGGGCCUGCAACCAUCCGAUUGGUACAAGAAAGAGUAUCUAUGGCUGAGUCUGUGUUUUGGAACGGCCCACCUGGUGUUUUUGAACAGCACGGCUUGUCUGAUGGAACCAGAGCACUUGUUGGCAUUCUUGAGAGCAUGAAGACGAAUGGAAAGAGAUGCCUUUGCGGGGGAGGAGAGACAUCUGCAGCAAUCAGGAUGUUUGGAAAGUACGAGAGCUUUACGCAUGUAUCAACUGGAGGCGGUGUUUUAAUGAAAUUUCUGAGUGGCGAGGAUCUUCCAGGACUAGAAUUUUUAAUGCAUCAGCCGUAUGCUCUCAAUAUCUAA